AUGAACAUCCAAUUGUUAUUCAUCGUCUUGUUCUUCUCUCUCGCACAGAUAACCAUGUCUAUAAGUGCAUACGACAAUCGUCUACGUAAGGAUGAAGAUUUGAUUGAAAAUUCACCUUUCUCCAUAUCUGAGCCGUUGUUCGGGGCUGAUCCAGCGAUUGCCAUCCCACCUCGUCGUAUAAGAUAUUAUAGGACAGGAGGAACAAUACUACUGGGAUGA